AUGUUGAUUGUGUGGUUUUUACAAUUGUUUAUUGUAAACAAUAUUAUUUUUGCACAACCACCAACUUGUUUACGUUCAUCACGAUAUUUAAUACCUCAAACACCAGGUGAUAAUGGUUUUCGUAUAACUGUUGAAGGUGGUUUUAAAACAUAUGUACCAGGACGAACAUAUAAAAUUUCAUUAAGUGGUUUUAAAAAUCAAUUUUAUCAAUCAUCAUUUAAAGAAUUUAUGCUUAUUGCUGUACCAUCAACAUGGUCUGAUGAACAACCAUAUAAACCGAUAGGACAUUUUGAAUUAUUACCAUCAACAAAUACUAAUGAUGAAUCAAUGCAAGAAGCUAUUAUUAGUCAACGUAAUUGUCCUGGUGGUGUUACAGAUGUAAAUCCAGAUAAAUUAAAAAAUUCUAUAUCUGUUGAUUGGAUUGCACCACGUCAUCCACAAGGAUGUAUUUCAUUUAAAGCUAUAAUUGUACGUUCAGAUACAGUAUGGUUUAAAGAUGACAAUGCUCUUACGUAUACACUGUGUGAAGAUCAAAUGCAUAUGAAGAAAAUGAUGCAACAAUGUUGUGCAUGUGGUGAAGCAAAAUAUCAAUUAACAUUUCGAGGACUUUGGUCACCAGAAACACAUAAAAAAGAUUGGCCAUCAACAACAGCUCAUUUUUCAACAAGUGUUGGUGCUGUUCAUAAUUCUAAUUAUACAAUGUUUCAAAUUGGUUCAUAUGCAAAUCGUGGUUUAAGUCAAUUAGUUUUAACCGGUGAAACACAUACAUUAGAACAAGAAUUAGCAAAUGAAUCAUUCAAUGGGGUUAUUCGUAGUUUAUUAUUUGCUCAACCUUUAAAACUAUCAUCUAAUGAAAUAAAAUCAACAAUGAAUGUAUUUACAGUUUCACCUUAUCAUCCUAAAUUGAGUUUUGUUAGCAAAAUUUCACCGAGUCCUGAUUGGUUUACAGGAGUUAAUGCAAUUGAUUUAUGUUUAUCAAAUUGUACAUGGAUUGAACAAUAUUCAGAAGAUCUUUAUCCAUUAGAUGCUGGUAUUGAUAGUGGAAAGACAUAUACAUCAAGUCGAUUACCAACAAUACCAUUAGAAAAAAUCCAUACAAUUACUGGUACAGUUUCACCAUCAUCAUCUUUUCAUGAUCCUAUGAGUAAACCAAUAAUGCCCGUAGCACGUGUUAUUCUUCAACGUACACUUGUUCGUGGUACUCAAUGUCCAAAUAAUCAACAUGGUACACAAAAUUCACAUAGAGUUCAAAAUAAUUAUCAAGAUUCAUCGGUUGAUAUUGAUUUAUCACAAACAAAACAUCGUAAUGAACGAUUGAAACAAAAAUAUGAUAAUUCAGGAAAAUUGAUAUAUUCUUAUGAAGAACCAUUAUCACCUGAAUGCCGUAUGACUGACUGGUCACUAUGGUCAUCAUGUUCGGUUAGUUGUGGUCAUGGAAUAAAAACACGUCGACGUGCUUAUCUUAUGCCAGACAAAGCUUUUCGUAAUCAUUGUAAUCAAAGAACUUAUGAUAUGACUUCAUGUUAUUUGGCAUCAUGUUCAUCAUCAAUGACAAAUAAUAAUUUCAAAUCAUCAAAUAAUGCAAUGUGUAUGGUAAGCGAAUGGUCAUCAUGGUCACAUUGUUCUGUAACAUGUGGUACAGGAAUGCGUACUCGUUCUCGUACAAUGUUAAAAGGUCGAGAUAAUCCUCAGUGUCAAUCAGAAUAUCAAUUAAUGGAAAAAGAAACAUGCCAGGGAAUGAAACCAUCAUGUGAACAAGGUCGUUUAACAGAUAUGAUAGAAAAAAAACGUAUAUGUAUGCAACCAAUUGAAAUUGGUACAUGUACACAUCUUGAACGACGUUUUUAUUUUAAUUUGGAUAUGAGUAAAUGUCUUGAAUUUGAUUAUAGUGGUUGUGGUGCUAAUGAUAAUAAUUUUCUUACACGUGAUACAUGUGAAGAUACAUGCGAUAUUUUAUUACGUGGACGAACAGAGGAUGGUAAAGAUACACGUUGUAUGACAUUACCAUGGUCAGAAUGGAGUGCUUGUUCAUCUGUUUGUGGACGUGGAACACAAGUUCGAUUUCGUGCAUAUAAAGUAAAAUUUUUAGCUAUGGGUUUUUGUUCGGAACCAUUAGAAGAAUUUCGUGAUUGUGAAGUACCUUGUGAUUCAGCACAAAUGUAUCGUUUAUCAGAUACACGAAAAACAAUGAUUAAAAGUAUGGAAACAGCUGAAAGAAAACAUAAAUGUAUGCAACCACUUGAACCAGGUCCAUGUACUAAGUUUAUGGAUCGAUUCUAUUUUGAUGUAACAACACGUAAAUGUUCGAAAUUUCAAUAUGGUGGAUGUAGAGGCAAUGAAAAUAAUUUUAUGACACAAGAUGAAUGUGAAGCCAUGUGUGAUGAACUUAUUCAAGAUCAUAAAUCAAUGGUUCAUGAUCCACGUUGUCUUGUUUCAAUGUGGACUGAAUGGUCAUCAUGUAUGAAUGCUACAUGUCAUCGACCAGGUACACAAAUUCGAACAAGAAUGUAUGCAGAUAAACGAGCAGCUAUGGCUGCACAUUGUACGGAACAUUUGGAACAACAACAACAAUGCACACUUGAUUGUCAUAAUAAUCAACCGAAAAAUAAACAGAAAGAAAUGAUGAUGAUGAAUAUACCAAAAGUAGUUCAUCGACCUCGUCAUCCAUGUUGUGCAUGUGACGAAGCGAAAUUUCAAUUUACAUUUCAAGGUCUUUGGUCAAAACAAACACAUCCAAAAGAUUGGCCACCUGAAAAUCUUCUUCAUUGGUCUGAUAUCAUUGGAGCUGUUCAUAGUGAAGAAUAUUCAUUAUGGAAUUAUGGUGGCAUUGCAAGUGAUGGUCUUAAACAAGUAGCUGAAUGGGGAGCAAUUGGCACAAUGCAAAAAGAAAUAAAAAAUCAUACUAAAUUUGGUGUUAUUCGUAAUUUAAUGAUUGUACCUGGUCUUUGGACAGUUAAUAUAAGCAAAUCAACUGCAGGUGCUUUUACAACUUCAAGAAAUCAUCAUUUCUUAUCAUUUGUUACUAUGCUUGGACCAUCACCUGAUUGGAUUACUGGUGUAUCUGGUCUUGAUUUAUGUCUUCCAAAUUGUACAUGGUUGGAUAAUUAUGAAGAAUUACUUCAUCCAAUUGAUGCUGGAACAGAUAUGGGCGUUCGAUAUGAUGGUCCUAAACGACCAGAGAAUCAACGUAAACCAAUUGCACCAAUUGUUUCACGUAAUAUUACAGAUAAUCGAUCACCAUUUUUUGGCAAUCAACCACCUCCAUUUGCUAAAUUGAGUAUUAAACGAAUUAUGGCACAAGGUGUAGCAUGUCCAAAUGGUCGACCACAACAUAGUGAAACAUCAUCUGUUAUUGAUUUUGGUCCAAAUUUUGCUGAUUUAAGUCGUCUGGGUGAAAUUGAAAAUGACAAAGAUAUUGCAAAAACAAAUAUAGAAUUACUUGAUGAGCAAUCAUCUGAUCCACGAUGUAUGACAUCACCAUGGACAGAUUGGAGUCCAUGUAAUGUUAAAUGUGGAAAUGGAUUAAGAACACGAACAAGAAUGUAUAAAAAUACUGAUCAUCAUGGAUGUAAUGAACGAUUAAGUGAAAGUGAAAUGUGUUAUGCAAGAACAGGUGAUGAUUGUGAUGAUGAAAAUCAACAAGUUGCAGCAUGUGCUGUAACUGAUUGGUCAUCAUUUUCACCAUGUUCAGUAUCAUGUGGUCAAGGUAUAACUGAAAGACGACGAUGGUAUAUCAAUGAAAAUUCACAUCGUGAUCCAAGAUGUAAAGAUGUUCAUUUAAUUGAAAAACGUCAAUGUCAGGGUGCACAUGCUGCUCAAUGCGAUGAUAAUGGAAAUAAAGACCGGUGUAUGUCUGAACCAGUUGCAGAUAAUCGAUGUCGUGGUUUAGAACGAUAUUAUUAUAAUAAAACAAGUAUGUUAUGUGAACCAUUUUCUGGUAAUAGUGCAUGUCCUGCUCGUGGUAAUAAUAAAAAUAAUUUUGCUAAUAAAAUGGAAUGUGAAACUAUUUGUAAUAAUCUUGUCGUUAAAAAUAAUGAUUUAUCAUGUCCAAUGAGUCCUUGGAGUGAAUGGAGUGAAUGUUCAGUAACAUGUGGUCGUAAUGGUAUUCGACGUCGUACACGAACAUUAUUGAAUAAUCAUAGAGCAGUUGAUCAAUAUCGUUGCCAAUCAUUAUCACUUGAAGAAACUCAACCAUGCCAUUUAAAUCCUUGUCCACCAACCGAUUGUGUUGUAAGUCAAUGGAGUACAUGGUCUUCAUGUACAGGUUGUGGACAAGAUGCCAUACAAACGCGUACACGUAUUCCUGUACGUCGAGCACGUAAUGGUGGUAAACGAUGUGGACCAUUAAAAGAAACAAGAUAUUGUCAAACAACUGUACCAUGUUAA